AUGGAUGAUUCUAUAUGUUCAAAAUUUUAUAUUUUGAGGAAGUAUUUACCCGAUGAAUUAGAUGAAGAGGCAGAAUUCGAUCUAGAACAAAUUAGUGAUUUCCAAAAUUAUUGCCCUAAUAAAGACUGCAAAAGUGAACUCGAAAAAAUUACGAUUGGAUUUUUAUGGUUACUUGGACAAUGUUAUUCUGCAAUACAAAAUAAAAAACAUAAUAAAAAUAAUACUAAUACAUUUAUUCUAUAUAUGAUUUCAUGGUUUAGUUACAAAUUAAAGCAAAACUCAGAUCACCAAUCCACCCAAAUAAACGAUUUUUAUACUAAACAUGUAAUAAAUAAUCAUAAAUAUAAAAAAUUUAUAAAAGAAGCCUAUACAAUUGCAAAUCUUAAGGAAUUUAUGAAUGAACAAAAUGAUUUGCUGAAUAUUAAUAUUGAAGAUCUGUCUAAAUUUUAUGGUGCAUUCAAAUUAUUAUGUAGUAUGUAUGAUAAUGUUGAAACGAAUAAUUAUGGUACCACAUUGUCAAAUAAUGUGAAUGAUUUUAUUAAAAAAUAUAAAGAGCUCAACAAUGACUAUAAUAAUGAAGGUUCCCCACAUCGUCAAAUAUUGUCUACUUUAUCAACUGAUUAUAAUAAUUUAAAAAAUAAAUGUAAAGGUUGUACAUCCCUUCCAGAUAUAACAGACGUUUCUGCACUAGCAUCUGUAGAUACAUCAAGUUCGUCGAUAGGAAAUAAAUUAUUUACAGUUUUAUCGAUAUUUGGUGCAAUAGCAUUUUUUUUAGGAAUUUCUUAUAAGUAUUCGCUAUUUGGAUUUCGGAAACGAUUUCAAAAACAAUAUAUAAGAGAAAAAAUAAAAAAUAUAAAGAAGAAAAUGAAUCAUUAA